GGGAGAGCAAAGCCAACAAAGAAUGAGCAGUAGUGCAUCAAUGGUUAAUCCGGCUUUGUGAUAAUAAAUUCGACCCUCUGCCGCCAACGUAGUAUUGCAAUCUUCUCCGUCUCUUUAUCUUUGUAUCUUGGAUUCAACUUUCCGAUUAGUCAUUCUCUAUAUCUUUUGAGAUAAACAAUGAUAACAGGAUUCUUUAAAAGAAAAUCACCGCCUACUUCCAAUCAUAGCGGGGAUGCGGGGCAAAGUUCAAGUGCUAAUGUAUCAAAUAACACCCCUUCACUGCCUAGAGAAAUCGAUUUGAAUGAUCUUCCUUGGGAUCCCGCAGAAAGGAAAAAAAAUUCAGCAUAUCAUCCCAAUCAAAGGGAUGAGAUGAGAAGAAAAUACUUGCUUAGGGGGCCCUGCCAACCUCGUGGCCAUGAUUUCCCUAAAAAAAUUAUUGGUAAAAAAUUGCGGCGUUUUAAUUCUGCCUGGUUCGAUCAGUACGGGAAUUGGUUAGAAUAUAGUGUAAAAGAGGACAAAGCAUUUUGCUUGUGUUGUUAUUUGUUUAGAGAUAACUAUGAAAAUCAAGCAGGAAAUGAUGCAUUUGUAACAGAAGGCUUUUCUAGUUGGAAUAAAACUGAAAGAUUAGCUGGCCAUGUUGGUGUUGUUAAGAGCUUUCACAAUAAAGCUCUCGAAAGGUGUGAAGAUUUAAUGAAGCAAGAUCAAUCAAUCAGUGUUGCUCUUCAUAAGCAAAAUGAGACCACAAAAAGUGAGUAUCGCAUCGGAUUAAAUGCUUCAAUUGAUGUUUCUAGAUUUUUGUUGCAUCAAGGGCUUCCAUUCCGUGGUCAUAAUGAAACUGAGGAGUCUAACAA